UUGAAAAGAAGGCACAUACUUCUGAUUGGGGUUUAGCGUGUUUUGUUUAUAAAAAAUAACAAACGGAGAUCCUAUAAGAGAGCUUACAGAACAGGUACUACAUUUCAAAUAUGUGCAAUGCCAUUUUCACUCAAAUGCCUUCAUCCAUACUUCAGUGGAAGAUGCAUUCCUGAUCAAGCACUUAGAGUCAUCCUAUAAGAUAGCUUACAGAACAUGCACUACAUUUCAAAUAUGUGCAAUGGCAUUUUCACUCAAAUGCCUUCAUCCAUACUUUAGUGGAAGAUGCAUUCCUGAUCAAGCACUCAAGAGUAAUCAUUCUUGUAAUUCAUAUGUUCAUGUUAAUUCUCUCAAAUGUCUUACUUACUUGUGGGAUAAUUAAUGUCGGUAAUCAUGUCAUGGGGGCUGUAUUUUAUUUUACAGUGCAUUUUGAGAGAAGAUAUACAACUAAAUAUGCUCAACUACACUCUGAAGGGUAAAAGGAUAAAUAAUUCUGGAUGUAAAAAGUGACUUUUGAUUCAAUUUUCAAUUUUAUAAGAAGUUGUAUUGGGCCAUCGUGUUAUGGUAUGGUGGAUGAUUCAUGAGAUCAUUGGAUGAGUGCUUGAAAUAGAUAGAUUUUGAAACUUGAAGAAAUGAUACCCUUUAUUUGAGCAUCGACAUGGUCGUGAUUCCAGAAGAAGGAUUAUGCCAGAGUUCUGCUGAAUGAUUAACCUCCUAGUAAGUAUGUAGAAGUGUCAUGAAAAUUAUGCCAUGCUUCUUUAUUGAUAGCAGUAAACCUUCUUCAAUUUAGUUAACUGCAGUCCUCUUUAAAUUUUUGUUUUAAUCCGACUGUAGAGUUUGUUUCCUGGUCAGAUUAUCACCACUGAGUUAGUGGUUACGACGGCAAAGACAGUGGCUUUUGAACGCUUGCAUGGUGAAUUAGAGGACAAAGACAGGGAUAAGAAGUUACAGGCUAGCAAGGGCAAGGAUAAUGAGGGUUUGUGACCUGGAUCAAGUGAAAUCAUCAAGGACAAGGAUGAAAAGAUUCUGGUGCUACAACAAAUUUGGCCUGAGGCCACAUCAAUUCUAUACAACGCUUGAGAAGUGUUGCCAAAAGUAUAUGUGGGAACCCUUUCAAGGCGUGGCCUUUGGACAGAGCUUUUGGCCACAAAACAUUGAACAUUUAUAAAGCGUGCUUUUUAGUAGUAUAGGCUAUACUCUAUAAGUAUUGCCAAAUCGUAAUAUAUUUGACAACACGUAAUGAUACAAUAUGGCUACACUUUUAAAGUGUGCUGUUUUUAUAAUUCUAAAUGCAACACCUAACAAGCGUGCCCUUAAAUUCUCAUAAAUUUCACUGAAAUAAUAAUAUUUCCUCCAUGUAUCUAAAUUUCCCCCCAAUUUCUAAAAGGCAAAACUCAAAAGUCAGUAUGCCUAUUUUCAUACAAUUUCUAAAACACAAAAAUAAGAAGUCAUUUGCUGAUUUUUUGCCCAAAUCAGAGAGAUGAUGGAAAUGAUUUUUUUGCCCAAAAGCAUUUAAAGGAUACCUCCGAAGAAAUCACUACAAUGUUCUCCCUUGCACUGUACCUCUCUGGAAUCAGGUUGUUUUUUCACUUCUUUACAAGUUUAAAGGUAGAAAUUUCUUCACUUACUUACAAUUUUUGAACUCUGAAAUCAGUUGUAGAUAUAUGUACUCUGAACUAUGAAGAGUCCAAUGGUGGAAUGGGUUAUAUCUAUGAUCAACUGGAAAACCCGAGCAAACAAAAACUCUUUUUGAUUAGGGGUGAUAAUCGCAGUGACGAUGGUUUGUUACCUAUACUAGGUAACAUAAAUCUUUGACCUAGAUAUACGGGGUCCUGAUGGAAGAGAGUACUUGUUGAUGUCGGAUGAGGAGUUGAUGAUGCAGUGUUAAAUGAGUACUCUCAAGGCUUCAGGUCCUGUUGGACAGCAUUGCAACAAGCGUGUAUUCUCUGUGCAUUUGAAGCAUAACCCAACAAGGAUUGUUCAUGAGGUUUGGUUUGAUGCUUUGUUACUGCUAGUUGAUGAAAAGACAACAAAUUCAAGAGAUCGUGUCAAUAUCCUGGAAGAUGCUAUCAGAAAUGGUUAUCGAAUUUUAAGCCGAAGAAUUGAGCAACAAGCUCUGGAUACACUUGUUGUCCAUAAGCUUAGAGGUGCCCUAAAGGUUGCUGAAAACUUAAAGCUCAUGGUUUUGGUGAGCGAAAAAGCUAGUAUCUUGAUGACGAAGCAACCCUUUCUAGAGGAAAAUGCAGGUGAUCCAAGUUGAAUGGUGGAUGUAUAUAGAGAUGGUAAUGGGGCCGGGGGGUUGAGCUUAACCCGUAAAAUUUUUAACCCGACCCCCUCCGCACCACAUACCAAUUUUUUCAUUUUUAACCCGCCCCACUCCACCCCGCAUAGAUCUGCCCUGGAUAUUUUUUUAAAAAAAUAUUAUUCUUUUAAAAAAUAUUAUUCUUUUUUAAUUAGGUUUGAUAC